AUGACGUCCCAAGCCGACCUGCUACUGCCGAGGAAACAAGAGGCCAAGGCGCCCUCCAGAUCGAGGGAAAAGAGGUCGGCGACGCUCGUCUGGCCCCCCGGCAGCGUCUUCGUCGUCGAGUUCUUCUUCACAGUCCCUAUAACGGCACCUGCAGGAGUUAGUGAGCCAGUAGAGAUCAACGUUCCUUACCGAUUCAAGCUGCCGAACAUCACAGCCGAUCUCUUCGGCGGGAAGGAGAAACAAAUGAAACACGAGUCCAGCGACCGACUUGACAUGUACGGCGUUGUAGAGGGACUCCUGAGCAAAUUUGGCUUCGAUGGGAAAGCGUGUGUUCUUCGCGCCAUUUGCGAAAAAGCGCAGCUGAGUUUGGUGAAAGCAGGGAUGCUUGGAGAGUUUAUUGAAACCAUAUUGUCGGCGUCGUCUUCCACAUACUCAGACCAGAUGUACGAAUACCAGCUUGCUGAAUACUAUGGCAGUGCCCACGCCGACUGUAGAUCGGCAUACCCAAGCUGCCUUAUGUCUCUUUUUCACUGGCUGGAUUGA